CCAGAAAAUUUAGUUUUCUUUAAUGCUGACUAUGUGGAUAUUUCGAUUGUUAUUAGUGAACUUUGGGAUCCUGUCAGUUUUAGCAAAUGAUCUCACGUGUUAUCAAUGCAAUGAUUGUGAUAAAGUUGAUAAAAAUACAGCGAAAUUUCGUGGUUGUCCAGUUUGCGUGAAAGUCAUUUAUAACCAACCGAAAAGACUUGUCGAAAGAUCAUGCUUCGAUUCGUGUGACAGGUUACCAAAAUUUCCCGAUGCUAAAUUUUACUGUUGUAAAGAAAAUUUAUGCAAUUCAUCAUCAAACGUUAGUUGGAAAUCAGUGUGUUUCCUUUACACUGUGCUUGUUUAUAUCAUUCUGAAAUAUCUCAGUAAAUUUAAGUGAAUUUUU